CACGGAUUGUAUGCAAUGCAGUGCGUACUUUUUUUACGUAAACGUUUCUGCCAUUAAACCGUACGAACCGAUUCGAAAAAAGCGUAAUUUUGAAAAACUCUCACAUAAAAAAAUUAAUUUUUCCAUUUUCUUGGAAAUUUUGGGAGCUGAAAAAAUUUUUGGUGACGCUUAAAGUGAAAAUUCAUCACUUGUGGAUGUGCAAAAGAUUUAAGAGAGGACUUUAAGUGACUUUUUUAUGAAAAAUUCAUUCUGCCCCGCGAAAAAAAUUUCAUCAAUUGAUGACUCAAUAAAAUAAAUUUCAUGAGCGAUAAUGUCCUCAACGGAGCCUGAAACGACAAGUAGUAGCAGUACAAGUGAUGAUAGUAAAAAUGGAAGCAUAAAUAGUUUGAUGAAUGGAAAAAAUCGAAAUAGUGGCAAAAAAAGUCACUCACCCAUAAAGCAACAGAAUGCAACAUCCCAGCAGCAGCAGCAACAACAACAGAAUCCAAAUAGAUGCACUUGGUGUGCGGAGACAAAAACUCCUCUUAAAUAUGUCCUGCCGACACAAAAUGGAAAGAAGGAAUUUUGUAGUGAGACAUGCAUUGCAGAAUUUCGAAAGGCAUACAGUAAGGGAGCAUGCAAAGAAUGUGAUAAUGCGAUAAGAGGAAAUGCACCAAAUCGCGACUUUUGCUCAACAUAUUGUCUUAAUAAAAGCAACAAAAAGAAGGGUAUUACAUCUGGCAAUCAGACACCGACACAAGCACCUUCGACAUCACAAAAUAAAUUACUAAACAAUAACAAUAAUAAUCUUGAGAAUAACAAUAGUAAGCAACAGAAAGGGAGUUCUGUUGAGACAAACAAUAACAAUAAUAACACGAUAAAGGAACAUUAUGCAGUAACAAAAAUUAGUCCAAUGUUUCAAUAUGAGGCGUUUCACGUAUUUGACUGGAGUGAAUAUUUAAAGGAAACUGGAUCAGUACCUGCACCAUCAGAAUGCUUCAAGCAAGCCUUUGCACCACCGAAAAACGAUUUUAAGAUAGGAAUGAAAUUGGAAGCUGUAGAUCCACGUAAUGUUAAUUCAAUAUGUAUUGCGACAGUCGUUGGAGUGUUGGGAUCUCGACUGCGACUAAGGUUGGAUGGCAGUGAUAAUAAAAAUGACUUCUGGCGACUUGUUGAUUCGAGUGAAAUUAAACCGGUUGGCGAUUGCGAGAGGAAUAAAGGAAUGCUACAACCACCGUUAGGUUUUAGAAUGAAUGCUUCAAGUUGGCCUUCAUUUCUAUCGAAAACACUUUAUGGUGCUGAAAUGGCACCUGGUGAAAUCUUUCAACCCGAACCGAAAACACCCAAACGUAAUUUAUUUAAAGUUGGCCAUAAGCUUGAAGCCGUAGAUAAAAAGAAUCCACAAUUAAUUUGCUGUGCAACAGUUGCUGCUGUGAAAGAUAAUGAAAUUCAUGUCACUUUUGAUGGAUGGCGUGGAGCAUUUGAUUAUUGGUGUUGCUAUGAUUCUCGUGACAUCUUUCCCGUCGGCUGGUGUGCAAAAAGUUGUCAUCCAAUGCAACCACCUGGACACAAAGGACGAUUUGAUUCAACAUCAAGUCGACAGCGUCAUGCUAGAGUCAACUAUACACUGGCACAAGAUAAAGAACUGAAAGAAGCAACUCCAGUGACUGCACAUUUUCAUACACAAUGUAAAGCUGGACCAUUUAUAAAUCCUCUCAAACUUCCAGUCAUCCUUACUGGACCAUCACAUCAAUCUCUAGCUAAGCUUUGUAUACAAGAAAUCUUAUCAGCAUGUCGAGACACAAGUCAGCUAUCGCCCGUCUUAUUUAAUAUGGAUGGUGAGGUGCACAUUGUGACAGCAUCAAGUAAAAACUUUACGGUUAAGAUUCCAAUGUUUACUAAAGAGAAAGGCAAUGAAGAGAUGAAAACCUUCCUCGAAUCACUGUUAACAGCAUGUCAUUCAUGUAAAAACUUAAUCACACUAUCACUUGAGCCUGAACAAUGUGAAAAAUGUAGUGAAAAAGUAGAAACAAGUACAUCAUCAUCAAAUGUAACGACAACAUCAUCAACAUCUCAUCAUCAUCAUCAUCAUCACCAACAUACAACGCCCUUGACACCACCAAAAAGGCAGUCGAAAGGAAAUGACUCACCGAUUCCUAAAAGAAAGAAAUUAGUAUUUAAUGAAUCUGAACCAUCAACGCCUGCAACAACUUCAAGCAAUACACCUAUAACAACGGUAACAACAACAUCCACGACCACAUCGGCAACAUCUAAUGUUAAGGAGUCAAAACCGAUUGUAUCGCCAGCUGUAACAAAUGUACAAGAGACAAAAAUAAAGGAGGAACGAGUGACACCGGAACUUCCGACAUUUCCUGAGCCUGAGACACCGCAAUCAGCAGAAAUGCGUGGUGGACGCUCGUCGGAUAUCCGAAGUUCUUCUGAAAUUGAAAUUGACAAGAGCACAGACUGUCCAUCGAGCAGUGCAUCAAGCCCUGGUCCGACAAUUCCUAGCGGGAAUAUUAAUGAUUGGAAGAUUGAGGAUGUUAUUCAGUAUAUCUCAACUGCUGACAGUUCACUAGCUGUACAUGCUGAUUUAUUUAGGAGACAUGAAAUCGACGGCAAAGCACUGCUGCUUCUCAAUUCAGAGAUGAUGAUGAAAUACAUGGACAUAAAAUUAGGACCUGCACUAAAAAUUUGUAAUUUAGUUGAAAAAGUGAAUAGUAAAUCGAAUAGACAUCGACACAUGAGUCAUUGAAUCAAGUAACACUCUCGACAUCCCACAAACAAAAAUUUAAAAAUUUGUGAAAAAAAAAUCUUUAAAUUUUAAAGAAUUUCUAAAUUAUUGUAAAAAGUGAAUCAAUUUUUUUGUCUCGUAAUUUUAAGGAAAAAUUGUUGAUUUUUUUUGUCUCAUUUAAAUAUUUAAAAAAAUGCUUUUCUAUGAUGAAGUCAUUUGGCCGGAUGAUGUAGAUGCACACAGAAUAGAAUGUAAACUUUUUCAUAGCGUACAACAGAAGUAGCAAUAAUUAUUCAGUUUUUCACUACACACAAUAUUCUAAUUAAUCGUUAACAUUUUUGUGGUAUUCCAAUGGACUUAGACUUGGGGAGCUGCUCUUGGGAUGACAAUUUGAAAAUGAUAUUUUGGUUGGGGAAUUUUAUAUUUAUUGAUUUAUUGAGUCAGAUGGGUUUGGAGUUGAGGAAAAUCGAGUAUCUUGAGUCGUUCAUCAAUGAAAUCUAUCAAACAGGUUUGGGAUGAGUCACUUCAGGAGCAUCUUUAGAUAAAGAUCAGGUUUUAGCAUCUAAACUAGUAAACAUGACUGUUGUGCGAAUCCUUGACCUGUAGACAACAAUCUAUGCUAAUGAUUUAAAUACCAGAUUCUGGUGGGAAUCGAACCCACGUUUGCGAUAUUCGAUCUUUUGAAUAACCACUCAGUCACAGUUGAAUUACUCUCGCACUAGUAGAUUCGCCAAUAUAUUGAUCUACACAUGCAAGUAACUUAGAACAAGCUUAGUCAUAGUCGACUAGGUUUAAAAAUUCCAUUGAUUUGAAUUCAAAGUUACAAACCGAAAGUUCCAUCUAGUUUUAGGAAGUCAUGAGCCAAGCUAGAAUUUUUUUAAAAAAAGAAAGUUUUACUAGGCUCAAAGUUUCAUCAGGGGCCGUUCACUUAC